AGGUCCACUUCCGCUAGGGAAAAGCAAUGUUUACUUGUGAGAUCUAGAAUCUAGGUUAGAUCUAGAUCUAUUUAUUAAACUUGUUAAAUCUAAAUCUCUAGGUCUAAGUUGUGAUAUAGCUUGAUCUAAAUAAAGUAGAAGCCAAUAAUUAAUAUGGAUGACUAUGAAUCAGUUCAAAAAGGAGGUUUAAAAUUAAAAGGCGUGUCUACUCACAGUGGAAAAAAGAAGAAAAAGUCUGACAAAGAAAAAAAGAAAAUAGAAGAACGCUUAGCAGUAACAAAUAAAGAGGAAAAAGAAGCAUCAAUAACCAGGCCAACCAAAACAAAAGCUGAACUUGCAUUUGAAAGAGCUAAGAAAAAAAAAAGUGCACAGCAGAUACUAGAGAGAGCUUCUAAAAGUCAUAAAGAAAGAAUAAUGGAUUUCAACCAGCAAUUAGACAACCUAACAGAACACUUUGACAUACCUAAAGUUAGCUGGACUAAAUAAUUUGUGUCUUUUGUGUUGUACAUAAAAUUGGCUUUUUCUGUGUAAAUAAUUGCAUUAUGUAUGAAUUCUCUCAUAUAAUUAAUAAAAUGUUGUACACUAUAAUAAA